AUGGACAACGCAUACGCUCCAGGAGACAUUGUCAAACUCGAACUUGCCAUCAACAGGGCAGACUAUUGGAAGGGUAAAAACCCCGGAUCUAAUAGCAGAAAGUUGGGGAAAGGGGAACCCGGCGAGCUGACCUGCGUCGUUCUCACCGUCAACAACGACAACGCCACCAUGACGGUCACUUAUGUGGCGACGUUUGCAGGUCAUGAACAGUUACCCGAGGGCCUUGAUCAAACAAUGUUUUACCCAUUUGACCCUGCACCGCAGGCUGGUUUCCCUCACCUACUUCCAAAGAUGGCGAAUGGUAAAGCAGGAUGGGCCUCACUUCGACAAACAUACACAGUCAAACAAAGUGAUGUCAUUCAGAAGCAGAACUGGACACUCCCCGAGGGAACCGUGGACAUCAUUCUGAAAGCCAUGAAGGGCUAA